GAACCUGCCGCCAUACAAAAAGGCUGAACUACGACUUGCCACUUGCUACACUCACGUUCGCGACAACCCCACCGGAUCAUCAUAAGCUAAUAACGCUAGCUAUAGAGCGCCGGGUCUACGGAUCAAACAAAACGUUAAAUCCUGGUGACCUAAGUCAAUUUCGACUAAAAAUCUCCGCCUACAAAUUGAGAAGUUUUCCCCUCAAUAUUUUCUCCUUCCCUCUAUCGAUCACACGAGUGAUUUACAUAUUGCAUAUAUCGGCUGUUGGAUGUCAUCUCCUGAAGCACAUGUCGGGCCUUAUCCCGAUACCGUUCAACCAGACAGAGGUGCAAACCAAGAUGGCAGACUACAUUCAAAGAUCGUCGAAAUACUUGCAUCCACCACUAAUGGCUGCAUCGAAGAGCUGGGUCUCCACCCAACCAUGAUAGAUAAGCUACAACAAGCCACACAACUCGUUCAAUCACUCCAAGAGGACAAUGGGAAGCUCUAUCAAGACAAUUGCCGGCUCACCGCUGCCAUUCAGACGCUCAAAGACCACGUCUCACAUCUCUCGGCCAAUCCGAACACUCAGCUGCAACAAUUCACUCACAUGCAAGAGAGGAUACGUACUCUUGAGAGUGAACGCAUCGCUUUCGCUCGGAAAAACCAGGAGAUCCUUUUCAGUGUCAAUAAAGGCACCUCACAUCAAUAUCUCAUCGAAGAACUCGACCACAUGAGGGCAUAUACUAAUCGCAUUUGCAGAGACAUGCAAAUUCUCCAGGACAAAUACACUAUGGCUAAACAACGCAGCCAGUCUUCUCCAAGUGUAUUAUCUCCCUCAAAAUCUGUCCCUCAAAUCAUCCAGCCCAGAAUCCCUACCCCUGGCGAUGUUCAUCAGCGACGAGUGUCUGCCGAGGGUGCUCCCCGACUCCAGCCUUCUCGUUUACCGCAGCAACAGUUUCAGCAGCAAGCACAACAUUUACGACAAAUGCGACCACAGGUCCAACACACCCUGCCACCUCAUCAGCUGCAACCCACCCGUCAAGCACACGCUCAAAGGAGGGUUUCUGAUGGUGUUCAAAAUCCUUACCCACCUCAGCAACCCAUUCUCAUGUCUCAGAGAUGGAACCUCCCGUCACCGGCAUCCGCACCCCCAAUGUUUGGAGCUAGGUCGCCCACAGAAUUUGCAUACAUGCCUCCUAUCUCAGCCCCGGCUAAUCUCAAUCGCCCUCAGCAACCGCCUUUCACUCAUUCGCAUAUGCACACAUCGCAAGCUGUCUAUCGAAAUGUAUCAGCGCCACUUGUACCUUUCGAUCUACACCCCAAGUUGCAUACUGCGACGUCACGUCCUAUUCUAUGUGUAGAUCUGACCGGGGAAGACGAAAGGGUGGCAGAUCAAGCUAGAGGUGGGCGGGUUGAUCAGUCUAGCGGUCUAAAACGCACGAAUUCUGCCGUGGAUGGCUCAGUGGCGCAGGAUAUCGAGUUGACAAAGAGACAAAGGACUGCGGAGCCCACCACCCAGUCGCCUCAGGAUGUGCUUGUCAACGUGAAUCCUGAGCCCAACCCAGCCUCUCCGGACACCGUAGUCGGUUCAAAACCAAGCUCGCCAGUCUCACCCUCGCUUUCUGCGCCACUUGCUAAAGAAACGAUGGACGCAGCCUCAGCAGGCCAAGUGGGCGUUACGAACGACGAGGUUGCGGUUGCAGUCACGCCUUCAGACACUGCAGUUGGUUCCAAUCCAAUCUCGCCAAGCUCCGUCACACCGUCGCCUGCUCAAGAGACACAAGGUGCACCACCGAGUGUGGAUAAUUUGCGACCCGUCGAAGCCUGCGUCUACUUGAUCUACGAGCAGGAUGCUGAAGUAGCCGAUGGAUAUUUCUGUGGCAGAUGCCUUGAUCGUUUCGACAUGGAGAUGAUACCCGAACCACCGGAUGUGUUAGUGAACCCAAAGCUUGAAGACCUCAUUAUACAUUGUACGCGAGAACACCCCACGAUCUGGGAGGACCUCCGUCAUAGGAGAGACCUUGAGGCACUAGCACCAUCACCACCCUCGUGACUCUCCUUCCCUCACAAUUCAUGUCCUUACGCUAGUACGUCUUACGUAUAUUGUUAUUUUAUGUCCACUAGAAUCUUGAUAAUUUUAUGCUAUGCGCAUCAUAAAAUGUCAG